CUCUGCUCGCUUCGCAGCCUUGCGCUCCCCGCAAGCUUCCUCCUCCCGAGUCUCGACUCUCCCUAAUCCGAUCGGCGCAGCGGAUUAGCGAGCAAUCGAGUGCGCCAUAUAUAGACAACACAUGCAAUUGCAGACCUAGUUGCCGCCCUCUCCCCUGCGCGCACGCAUUUGCCGCCUCUUUAAUCCCCUCUCGUGUCUCGGCUUGUGUUCUUGCCAAUGGAGUCCUCGCCGGCUGCGACCAUGGCCCCGCCGUCCGCGUCCUCAUCGCGGUCGAGGGACCCCCUCCUCUUAAGCAGCUUCGACCUCCCAGCCGGCUGGGGGUGCCGCAGGCCCAUGGCCUUCUGCCGGGACAUUGACGCCCACGUCGUCACCGAGCCUGACGCAGCCGCCACCGUGCCCCAGAACAACGCCCCCGGAUCGCCGGCGAAAGGAGCCGUGGCGGCCCAGCUCGCGCCUGCGGCGGAAGAGGCCCAGGAAGCUCCCCGGAGGCAGUGGAACCUGCGGGACCGGACGGGCUGGCGGGAUUACAGAGUGGAGGACGCGCGGCAGCACAAGAAGCUCGGGAACAUGGAGGCCGGCGGCAAGAAGAGCCGAGGGUUAUCUGUGCCGCUGACGCGGCAAGAGAUCGACGCCGACUUCGUCGCGAUCACCGGCCAGAAGCCGCCGCGCCGGCCGAAGAAGCGGGCCAAGAACGUCCAGCGCCAAAUCGAGAUGCUUAGCCAUGGGAGCUUGCUAUCGGAGGUUACCCGCGAUCGGUACAAGGUGAACGAAGUAUGCAUAAAAACUCCAUCUCUGGUUUCCCCGGAAUCUGCGUUGGAACCUUGGAGGUUUGAGACCCUGAUUGGUUCGACUCUUAUUUGGUGCAGAAAGGGGGAUUCUGAGUUGCACAAGCACAGCGGAGGAGAUGGAUUUCCAACCGAGGAGCUUGAUCGAGCAUUGGCUGGCUCAUCAGAGUUGCUUAGAGAAAGAUUUAGGGUUAAUCGCUUCAGUUUGUGGUUGUUUAUCCAAUCAACCAUGUGUGUCAAACCCUAAUCAUAUGUAGGUUUUUUCCCUUAAUUCAUUGGGGCUUUGCUUAUCGGUUUCGAUCAAGCCGGAUUCUCUAGUUCUUAUGUCAAGCCAGGAAAGAGCCCGGAAGCCAAUUUUGCAGAAGAAUCACAAAUCUUUGUUUUCUGUCAGCGAGAAAUGCAGUUGUAGAUUCUUCAUCAGCCCGGAUGUCAUGUAAUC